AUGUCGGGAUCGAGUAGUAGCACUUCUCCACCAACAUUAGCGUCUAUUAACGAUGUUAGUGCAUUGUUCCAGACAGCUAAAAAAUAUGAAGAAUUAAAUGUUAUCGGCACAGGAGCAUAUGGAACUGUUUACAAAGCGAGAGAUCUCCACAAUGGAGGUCAAAUAGUUGCAAUGAAGAAAGUCAAAGUAGCUUUAACUGAAGAUGGUAUACCUUUGUCUACAUUGAGAGAAAUAGCUCUGCUCAGACAAUUAGAAGCUUAUAGACAUCCAAAUAUAGUAAGAUUACUAGAUGUUUGUCAUGGUGGACAGUCAUUAGAGCGAGAAAGCCAAUUAGUCUUGUUCCUUGUCUUUGAGCAUGUAGAGCAGGACCUUGAGUCAUACUUGAAGAGAGCUCCAGGACCACUCAGCGAAAACAGAAUUAGGAGUAUGUCCUAUGAUAUUCUAUCUGGUACGGACUUUCUUCACUCACAUCGUAUUGUCCAUCGAGAUUUGAAACCACACAACCUACUUGUAACUUCUUCUGGUCGUGUCAAGUUAGCUGACUUUGGCCUCGCUAAAACCUAUGAUACAGACAUGAAACUCACCAGUGUGGUGGUCACAUUAUGGUACCGCCCUCCGGAAGUACUACUCGGAGUCUCCUACAAUACAGCUGUAGAUGUGUGGUCAUGCGCAUGUGUGCUAGCACAAUUACACACAAGAACUCCACUUCUACCUGGCUCCUGCGAUUCUGAACAGCUACAUUGUAUUUUUAGGUUAAUAGGCCGACCGCCACGUCACGAAUGGCCAGAAAAUGUGUCCAUCAUGGCGGACAGUUUUCCUGACUACCCUCCGCAAGAUCUUGCCAAUGUGUUACCUAGGAUUCAUCCUCAAGCCCUCGAUUUGAUAAAGGGUAUGUUAGUGUUUGAUCCAGCAAAGCGAUUAACGGCGUUAGAUUGUCUAGAACAUCCUUACUUCACAGAUGAACCGCUUACGUAA